AUGCCUCCCACUGGAACCAUUUACGACUACCUCGUCAUCGGAGGCGGCUCUGGCGGUCUCGCCUCUGCUCGUCGCGCUGCUUCGUAUGGCGCCAAGGUCGCUCUGAUUGAGGGCAGUGGCCGUCUCGGAGGCACCUGUGUUAACGUCGGAUGUGUCCCUAAAAAGGUCAUGUGGAACACCGCUUCGAUUGCUGAGGCUAUUCAUGAUGCCAAGGAGUACGGAUUCCCUGAGGUUGGCCCAGCCACUUUUGACUGGAACACCUUAAAGCACAAGAGAGACGCCUACAUCAAGCGUCUCAACGGAAUCUAUGAGCGCAACCUCGAGAAGGAUAGUGUCGAAUACAUCACCGGCAUGGCCUCCUUUGUCUCCAACGACAGCGUCACCCUCGGCAACGGCGAGAAGAUCCACGCCAAGAAGAUCCUCAUCGCCGUCGGUGGUCGCCCUACGAUCCCCAAGGUUCCUGGAGCAGAGUUGGGGAUUGACAGCGAUGGUUUCUUUGAUCUGGAGCAUCAGCCCAAGCGCGUUGCUGUUGUCGGAACCGGUUAUAUUGGUGUAGAGUUGGCCGGCAUUUUCCACGCUCUCGGAUCAAAGGUGACAAUCUUCUCGAGAACCGAGGAGAUCCUUCGCUCAUUCGACCCCAUUAUCAAGGAGACCCUCCGCGACGAGAUGAUCAAGGUUGGCGUCGACAUCGUCCCCAACAGCGCCGUCACCUCCCUCUCAAAGGCCGACGACAAGGCCAUCACCCUCUCUUACACCUCCAACAACAAGAACGCCACCGCAGAAUACGACACCGUCCUCUGGGCCAUCGGUCGUGAACCUCUUCUCGAGAAGCUUGCAGUUGACAAGGCUGGCGUCACCAUCAACAAGAAGGGAUACGUCGUUGCUGACGACUACCAGGAAACAGUUAUCCCCGGUGUUUAUGCCCUCGGAGAUGUCUGCGGAAUUGAGCAAUUGACCCCUGUCGCUAUCGCUGCUGGUCGUCGUUUGUCGGAUCGCCUGUUCGGACCUGAGCAGUUCAAGAACUCGAAGCUAGAUUACAGAAACGUGCCCUCGGUCAUCUUCUCUCACCCUACCGCUGGAGCUGUUGGUUUGACUGAGGAGCAGGCCAAGAAGGAAUACGGUGCCGAGAACCUGAACGUGUAUGUGUCCAAGUUCUCGGGCUUGUACAAUGCGAUGAAGACACACAAGACCCCCUCUGCCUUCAAGCUUGUCUGUGCUGGACCUGAGGAGAAGGUUGUUGGUAUCCACAUUGUCGGACAGGGAAGCGACGAGAUGCUCCAGGGUUUUGCUGUUGCCCUCAAGAUGGGUGCCACCAAGGCCGACUUUGAUAGCACGGUUGCUCUUCACCCCACCAGUGCCGAGGAGUUGGUCACCUUGACCAAGGCCAACCUCAAGAAGGACUAG